AUGAUGAAAUACUUUUUCGAAAUUAAUCUUCAGUUUUAUAACAGUUCAUUUGCCCUAGCCUCAGCCCUAGCCUCAGCUCUAGCCUCAGCCCUAGCCUCAACCCUAGUCUCAGCCCUAGCCUCAGCCCUAGCCUCAGCCCUAGCCUCAGCCCUAGCCUCAGCCCUAGCCUCAGCCCUAGCCUCAGCCCUAGCCUCAGCCGUAGUUUCAGCUCUAGCCUCAGUUCUAGUCUCAGCCCUAACCCCAGCUCUAGUCUCAGCCCUAGCCUUAGCCCUAGCCUCAGCCCUAACCUUCAGCCUUAGCCUCAGCCCUAGCAGCAGCCCUAGAAUUAGCCCUAGCUUCAAGUCUAGCUUUAACAAUAGCCUCAAGCCAAUCUUCAACCCUAACCUGAGCCAAGCUUCAGCUCUAGGCAGAGAUCUAGCUCGAGCCUUAGCUUCAAGCCUAGCCUUAAACCUAGACUCAGGCCAAGCUUCAGCUCUGGGCUGA